GGAGGCGGGAAGAUGGCGGCUCGGGCCCCUGUGAGGAAGGGGCGGCGGCGGUGGCUCCCGCUGCUGCUUCUGCUGGCGGGAGGAGUCGCGGCUGCCGGGAAGAUGAAGGUGGUGGAGGAGCCCAACAGCUUCGGGCUGAACAACCCCUUCCUGCCUCCCUCCAACCGGCUUCAGCCCAAAGCCGGCCCCUCCCCGAUCUCAGGGCCUGAACAUCUUUUUAAGCUGGCGGGCAAAUGCUUUGGUUACGUGGAAUCUACGUAUAAAUACGAGUUCUGCCCAUUUUAUAAUGUCACCCAACACGAGCAAACUUUCCGAUGGAAUGCCUACAACGGAAUUCUCGGAAUAUGGCAUGAAUGGGAAAUUGAAAACAACACUUUUGUUGGUAUGUGGAUGAGAGAAGGAGAUUCUUGUGAAACAAAAAAUAGAGAAACAAAGGUACUUCUUGUAUGUGGAAAAAACAAUAGAUUGGCUCAAGUAUCUGAACCAAGCACUUGCGUUUAUUCUCUUACAUUUGAAACCCCACUUGUUUGUCACCCACAUUCUCUUUUAGUGUACCCAACCUUGCCUGAAGCUCUUCAGAGAAAGUGGGAUGAAGUUGAGCAGUUGCUUUAUGAUGAAUUAAUCACAAAACAGGGAUACAAGAAAAGGUUGAGAGUGCUGUUUGAAGAAGGCUCUCUUUUAAAAUCGACAAGAGACAAAAAGGAGAAGGACGCUCAACUUCGACAUUUGGAAUUUGACUCUGUAGAAAAGUGCAACAAGGAAUAUAAGCGACUUUCUAAUGAUCUGCAGAAAUUGUCAGAUUUACUAACCCAGCAUGGAAUUGCAUAUGAAACUGUCCUAUUUGGAAACAAAGAUGAUAAUCGCAUUACGCAAGCAGUCGGGAUAAAAAAGUCAGAUCUUAGUACUGUUUCAAAUGCUGACAAGCACUUGAAUGGAGAUGCUGAAACUCGGCACAAUGCCUUGUGAGAAAAUUGAAUUGUCCGCCUUUCCCAGCUUCGAGAGCCUUACAGCAAAAGAUGUUGUGGGAUGACUUCAGCUGCUAGACUCCAUUCCUUUCUGGAUAAUUGCAACUGGAGCCCCAUUUAGGCAUCACGAACAUGGAACAAGCAGCACAGUAUUGACAAUCUUACAUGUUCGACACUCACACUGGUGCUGCAGUGGCACUUCUCAGUGGGAGUUGGGAGAGUAUCUUGUCUUGGAUCUUUGAAUAAAGAUACAGAGUUAUAA